UUGUGAUAAUGAGUACUGGACUAACAAAUCAACAAAACAAUAAGAGGAAAGCGAGAAAAAAAAAAAACAACCAUGCUAUCGAAUCCUUUAACUCCUCCUCCUUUCUCACAAACCCUAGAAUCCUCCUCCUGCUCUCCAUCAUAUUCUGCUUCAACGCUCUUCCCGUUUCAUCCUCCUCUCAAAAUUUAUGGGUUCUUCGGAACUCGACUUUCCUUGCGGCAGGCGGUUAGUUUUCGUUUACCUGGUGGUUCAAAGCACCUAGCUGCAGCUGUUAAGGCUGUAGUGACUCCAUAUCCAGUAGUAGAGUUACCACUUACAGCAGAGAACAUUGAGAGUGUAUUGGAUGAAGUUCGACCAUACCUCAUUGCUGAUGGAGGCAAUGUUGCAUUGCAUGAGAUUGAUGGAAAUGUUGUGAAGUUAAAACUCCAAGGAGCAUGUGGCUCCUGUCCAAGUGCUGUAGUGACCAUGAAAAUGGGAAUUGAGCGCCGAUUGAUGGAAAAGAUCCCACAAAUUGUUGCGGUUGAAUCAGUUCCAGAUGAAGAAGCUGGCCUUGAGCUUAAUGAAGAAAACAUUGAGAUGGUUCUUGAAGACUUAAGGCCAUAUCUUGUUGGGGCAGCUGGUGGAACUUUAGAACUAGUAGAAAUUGAGGAGCCAAUAAUUAAAGUCCGAAUCACAGGUCCUGCGGCAGGUGUAAUUACUGUUCGUGUGGCUGUAACUCAGAAACUGCGAGAGAAAAUUCCAGCUAUAGCCGCAGUUCAACUUUUGCAGUAGUUAUAAGUUCAAUAGAUUGGUUCAGUUCAUUUGAAGCAUUUUAUGCACAGCUUGUGCCCGUGAAGAAGUAAUAUUAUUGAUACCAGUACUUCCCAUAUUAUAGUUGAUACCAGAGGUUACAGCUGAAGCAGGUAUUCUUUGUACAGUUGAACUGCUGCAUUUUCAGUCCACUUACUUGUUCUUUGUUCUGAUAAGACCCACAAUAAGAACUAUGUAUUCAAAGAAAUUAUUUUAAUCAGAUUUCGUCUUGUGAGCAAGUUGAUCAUCUGGAGUCUUAAAUGGUAAAUGUACGUUCUUAUUA